AUGACUAAAGGUGUUAUAUGUGACAACAAUGAAUCCAAAGGUGCUGACCUUCCACCCACAGAGGCCAAGAAUUUUCCAGAGACCCUAUUAGUGGGUAACUGGGCCUUUGUUUUGAUGGCUAACUUCAUGCUCCACUGGACUCACAUGGGAGAACCAGAGGGAUUAGAAACCUUGAAGGAUUCAAAAACCAUGACCUGCGGACUAAAUCCAAGCCUUCUCUUGGCGCUGCUCUGUUUUCUCCACAGCACUGAGGAGACCUGCCCCUCCAUGUGCCUCUGUAUAUCCGAUGCAGUAAGCUGUAGCUCCAGCGGACUUACCAAGCUACCUCACUCCCUGCCCUCUUUCUCUAUAAGUCUCGACCUCAGCCACAACCAUGUCUCCUGGCUGAGUCCAGGCUGCUUCAACGGGAUGUCCAGGCUGGAAAACCUGUUGAUGGCGCACAAUCAGCUCAAAGCCCUGAAUCCUGGAACUUUUCAAAACGUCUCUGGUCUCAGGCACCUUGACCUGUCCUCCAAUAGGUUGCGUGUGGUAGAGCAGCACUACUUUCAGGGGCUUUGGAGGCUGGAGGAGCUCCUUCUCUUCAAUAAUAAGAUCGCACGGGUGGAGGCCGGCACGCUGAGUGGCCUGAGCAGCUUAAAAAAGGUCUAUUUCAGCCUCAACCAAAUCACAGACUUCCCUUUCUUCUCAAUCCAAGAUCACACUCAUCCAUUCCUGAGCAUGUUAGAUCUCUCAUCCAACCGCCUGACCCAUCUGCAAUGGGAGGAUGUGAAAGCUUUGCCCAGGUUGGUGCAGCGGGGCCUGUAUCUCUACAACAACUCUCUGAUCUGUGACUGCUCCAUGUACAGCGUGUUUUGGCACUGGGACCUGAGGGGCUAUGACUCAGUGAGGGACUUUAAGGAGGAGCAUAUCUGCUUCAUUAACGGAGACCUACGAUCGUCCAUCCAAUUUCUACAACAGAACCGCUUCUUCCUCAACUGCACUGUGGAAAAACCUGUUUUGCAGCCUGUAACAGUUCUCCUUUCCAACGUGUUGGUUUCAGAGGGAGAAAGGGUGCGUCUAGACUGCCAAACAUCCCUGACGAGCACAGAUCUCUCAUUUACGUGGCUCUCCCCAAGCAAGGGGCACAUCACCGAAGCCAGCAUAGAUGACAAUCUAAUUAACCUGCUUCCUAAUGGUACUUUGGAGAUCCGAGCAACCAAGGUCAAUGACUCGGGACUGUAUGUGUGCACAGCUGUGGAUAUUAAACAGGCACUGAAUGCAACUCGGGAAGUGAACGUGACGGUGCUGCUGCCCACGGCAGAGUUAUUCAACACUGGCUACACAACGCUGCUCGGCUGUAUAGUGACUACAAUAAUUAUCCUCAGCUACCUUUAUCUGACUCCAUGUCGCUGCAUCUACUGCAAACGGUCAAAGCAGUAUGAGUCAAGCAGUCUAUCUUCUACCCUCUUCCACUCUACAAGAGACCAGAGCAAAAACCAAACUAAUAAACACGUAGCGUUCAUUGACCCGGUGAUGAAUGAAGAAGGAACAGAUUGGUCUCUGGAAAGCUGA